AUUUAGGUCAUGAAGGAAGUGACAUUGGCAAGGAGCUCAUUGCGUUGCUGCAGUCUGUUUCAAAAUUAUAACAAUGUGACGGAUAAUCGCCUUGGCAGAAAGUUAAGUGGACUGGGUAGAGCUUAAACCCCCUGUAAUUCUCAUAAACCAUGGGCAAUCACGGGAGAAAUCGGUUGUUGUCUGGUGCUCUUCUACUCGCGUGGAUUUCCUCCAGCUGGGCCUUGCACCCGUCGCAGGCACGUAUGCUUGUUCAGUUUGUGGAAAGGGACGACUUUAAACCAGUGCAUACGCUAAAGCCCUCCAAUGUGUCCGAGGACUGCAAAAGAGGCAUCCACAGAAUUAUCAGUGGACGGCGAUUUGAUGAUUACGCUGCUCUGGAUGCCUUUGGUAAAGUUGUCUCUGGUCAUGUUACUGGCAAUAAUGCCUGGCUGGGCAGCUAUGACCUGUGUCUGGACAUCCCAGAUGUCCACUACUCCUUGGCCUUGAUGCAGAUCAGCUGGCUACUACCAGUUGAGAGACAACAAAACCAUUCACAUGAUGGGAAGGAAGUGGUCAUGUGGGGCCUCUGUAUUCCUAAGAACUGUUCCAUUAAAGACACACAAAACAGCAUUCCUGUGCUUGCUAAUGCUACACUUCCAUUGAACAAGUUCAACAUUACCCACGUGCGUGUUCAUAAAAGCAUUAAUUAUACCAAGAGGGAUUUUGAUUCAGGUUUCAUAGGAACAGUAGUGGUAUUUUCUCUGUUUGGACUGCUAGUGAUCCUGGGCACCAUUGUAGAUGGCGUUGAAGAUUACAAGAAGAACCGAGCACCAAAACUGAUUCAUAAAAUGGACGCCAAUGGUUCCCACCUUGUGGACCCUCAAUACACCCAGCCACGACAUGGGGUGCAAUCUGUCAGUCCAGGAGCCCACGACUGGGAGACCCCACCCACGCCUGAGAGAAUCCGUAGUUUGUAUUUUAAUUCACCAGGUUUGUUUAGGCAGGUCAUCUGUUGUUUCUCCAUUCUGAGUAACAUCAGGAAGUUGCUUUCCACAAAGGAGGGGGAUGCCAGCCUGAGUUGUCUCAACGGGAUGAGGGUGAUCACCAUGUUCUGGGUCAUAUUAGGACACGUGUGGCUGUUGACCAGUUUUAUGGGCCUAACAGACAAUACCCGGGUUUUAUACCAGUAUCCAUCCCAGUGGACCUUCCAGCCUGUGGUCAAUGGAUACUUUGCCAUUGAUACCUUCUUCUUUAUAAGUGGCAUACUAGUGUGUUACAGUACACUGAAUUAUAUGGACAAGUGCAAGGGGAGGUACCCUUUCCACAAGUUUUUGUUCCACAGAUACUGGAGGUUAACCCCUGUCAUGGUCAUGGUAAUCUUGUUCUACGUGAACAUCUUUCCUCACAUGGGGGACGGUCCACUGUGGUUUGUGGUCAAGCAAGUGACCACUGACAACUGUCCAGAGUACUGGUGGACCAAUAUUCUAUAUAUCAAUAACUUUUACCCUGUAAAGGCAGCUGAUGAGUGUCUUCCUUGGGUAUGGUACCUUGCCUGCGAUAUCCAGUUCUUCUUAUUUAGCCCCUUGAUACUAAUAUUCCUACACAGAGAGACCAACACCAUGAAAUAUCUAGGUUUUGGUGUAAUGGCCCUAGUCCUGCUAGUCUGCUUCAUAUUGAGAGCCAGCUUAAUGACCCAACUGGAGGAUGGUAUGGGCCCCACCCCGUCCAUGGGAAUUAUCGUACCCCCACCCAGGAACGCCAAUGGAACCCAUGAACCUCCCACUCAAAAAUAUUCCUCGGACGUGUACGUGAAGCCGUAUACAAGAGUGGCGCCUUACUUAGUUGGGAUGAUGGUGGCUUAUUUUAUACAGCAGCUCAAGGGAGCCAGGAAGAGAAUAUCCAUGAUCACAAUCUCCUUAGGCUGGCUGGUGUCCGUGGCACUGGCUGUUGUUUGUAUUUAUAUCACGGUGCUGGCCUACAGUGUCUAUCAUGGAGACUACCUGUGGAACCAGGGAGGGAAGCUGGUCUAUGGGACCUUCAGCAAGUUUGCCUGGGCCCUAUCCCUGGCCUGGGUUGUUUAUGCUUGUUACCAUGGUUAUGGAGGCUACGUUAAGGACUUCCUCUCCUGGCGAGUAUGGGUUCCCCUGGGCAGGCUGACCUAUGCUGCCUAUCUCAUCCAUCCUAUUGUGAUCCUGUGGUACCUGUUCACUCUCCAAGAACCUAUCCACAUUACAGACAAUGUCAUGUCGUACCUGUACUUCUCCGUACUGGGCUGUACGUAUUUCUGUGCCAUAGGCGUCCUACUUGUGAUAGAGCUGCCCCUGGCUAACAUAGAGCAGUUACUGUACAAACUGUUCUCUUGUUGCGCGGGGUGCCUGUGCUGUGGUGCCUGUCAAGGGAACACCUACCGCAAUCUGGAGGAACCUGAACACAAUCACAACUCUCUGGAGGAGGAGGAGGUACAACCAACAUCAUCUAAUUAAGGCCAUCUCAAGGACCCCAGAACUAGGUCUCAUCACCCCUGGAUGAGGCCAAAAUGGCUCUGUUAUCAGAUAACCUUAUUCCUUCACCUAAGUUUUUUUUUUUUUUUUCAUAACUUAGAUUUUCAUUUUUUGCUCUUCUCAUAAUGUCAGAAUGAUUGAUGGUUCUACCUAAGUAUGAAUCUGUCUUGCAGAGAGACAUAUUUAUUGGAUGUUGCCAAUUUAGUGUUAUCAGAUCGAUCAUGCAAAACAUAAGUUUUAGAAGUUCAUUUACCAGAUGAGAUAUUAGUUUAUUGAUGUCAUCCAAAUGUCGGCAAUCUUUAUCUAAUGAAAUACUUAGUGGAAGAAACUUGGUUUUCUAGUAUAUCUCAAAGUAAAAGCUAUCUUUGUGAAUGUUAAGCAGGAUUCUCAAUAAGAGAAACAUGGAGGUAGAAAUAAGAAAAUGAAAACUCCCCUGUGUUUUUAUCAGCCCAUCACAUUUCAAAAUCACAAUAAAACAGCAAAACAGCUUUUAGUUUUUGGCAGAUAUGUUCCUUUUUUUUAGCUCAAUUGACGUUGAGAUAUUAAAACUGUGUAUAUAAGAUACUUUGCAAAGAAUUUUGACCCCAUAACAAUAGUUAAUUUCUUUUAAUAUUCCUGGUGCCUUCCACAAUCUCCAUGCUAUAAUGGUGAUCAAAUUUUUUUAACCAGGUUCAAGGAAAUCCUCUAAGAUCUAAGUUUUUUUAGAACUUUUUUUUUCAACUGGCCUAAAGCAAGCAUUCCCUGCAUUUUUUCUUGAAACAUAUUUUAUCGAAGGUAGUUUGGUUAAUACUAUUAUCCAGGGUAUCUUGGAUUCGAGCUUGAGAGUGCAUGAUGCCUUUGAGAGUCUCAGAUACAUACGAGCCAUAAAGUGAGUCCCGAUGACAAUUAAUUUAAGUAAAGAUUGAACUUUGUAAUUUUUGUUUUGUGUUCACUUUCUUCAAC